UCUCUAAACGCUUUCAUGGCCGCACCGCCACCAUCCCCACUCUGUUCACCACCAACGGCCACAAUGUCCGCUCCCGUCUUCCUUUUCCUCCUCCACCUCUUCUUCCCCUUCGCCACCCCGCAAACUCUAACCCUGAACUUGACUCAGAAGCAGCCCUCCUUCCCAGCCAACGACCCAUGGGCCAAGCUCUCCCAGCUCGCGGAGUUCUCGCUCGCCCGAGCCCACCACCUGAAGAACCGCCACCACUACCACGGCGAUGGGCAGCCAAUCGCCGCCUCGGAGGUCGCGACCACGAACGUCGCCCCCCGGAGCUCCGGUGAGUACGUCAUCGGGCUGAGGUUCGGCACCCCUGCCCAGCCGCUCCCCUUCGUCCUCGACACCGGCAGCACCCUCGUCUGGUUCCCUUGUUCCCACAGUUUCCGUUGCAGAAACUGCCGCUCACCAGUUUCUGCAUUCCCGCCAUUCAUCCCCAAGUCCUCCUCAUCUGCCCGCCUCGUCGGCUGCCGCAACCCCAAGUGCCGCUGGAUCCACAGCCGUCUCCCCUCCAACUGCUCCUCCUCCUCCGUCUGCCCACCUUAUUUCGUCCUUUACGGAUCCGCCGCCACCGGCGGCAUCCUCCUGUCGGAGACCCUGUCUCUCCCGGGGAAACCGGUGGCGAAUUUCGCUGUCGGCUGCUCCGUGUUCUCCGACCACCAGGAGACCGGAGUUGCCGGUUUCGGCCGCGGCCAGCCCUCCUUCCCGUCCCAAUUGGGCGUCGGGUCCUUCUCCUACUGCCUCCCUUCCCACCGCCUCGACGAUGUUCGCGGGGCUUACGGCACCCUGGUUCUCGGUGAAAAUCCGGCUGCCUCGCGAGGCCUGACCUUCACGCCGUUCCUGAGGAGCCCGGCGCGCUUCGGCGCCUACUACUACGUCGGGCUGAGGAAGGUCACCGUGGGCAGCGUCGCCGUGGAUGUGCCGCCUUUGCGGCCGGACGGCAACGGCGGGACGAUCAUCGACUCCGGGACGAGCUUCACCGUCAUGGAGGGCGGCACCCACGAUCGGCUGGCGGCGGCGUUCGCGAGCCAGGUUAGGGGAUACCGGCGGGCGGUGGCAGUGGAGAAGCAGUCUGGCCUGCGGCCGUGCUUCGAGGUCGGCCGCCGGAAAACGGUGGCCUUGCCGGCGAUGGCGCUCCACUUCGACGGCGGCGCCGUCUUGACGCUGCCGCUGAAGAACUACUUUUCGUUCGUAGGGGAAACUGACGCCAUCUGCCUGACGGUCAUCGGCGCCGUCGGCGAGGGGACGGUGGGGCCUGCGGUCAUCCUCGGGAAUUAUCAGCAGCAGGAUUACUACAUAACGUACGACAUCGUGAAGGAGCGGAUCGGAUUCAGGCCGCAGACGUGUCAGCAGUAGAUCUGCUGAAUUUCAGGACGUUCUUCGUCCGAAAAUGUUCUUAUCUUGACUAAGUUCACGAAAUUAUUAACAUUGGUACAUUUUUUUUUUUUUGGGUUCAUUUUUCUUGUUCGAGGGCCAAAUGGGUUGAUCAUGAAAGUAAUUUUUGAAGUUGAAAAAUCUGUAAUUUGAAUGCCGUCUAUUUAUAAAGUCUCAUGUUUUAUAUA